AACGCUUUCGUGUACCAACAGGACGUUAUCUCGUUAUCAGAAUUGCUUGUACAUCGAUUAUUUAUAAAGCUGUAAUAGCCGUCUUGGCGUCAAUCUAAAAUGCUGCCAAUCUGCAUAGUUUUUCUUGCAAGUUUUAUUUCACAUGCAACAAGCCAUAGUUGGCUGGCAUGUACCGACUACACUGAAAAGAACGGCGGCACUUGGAAUCCGAACUUUUGCCGAGGUUUUCCGAGAAAUGCCGAAAUCAAAGCGCCGAGGGACGGAACGUUUGGUCUCGAUACAGGUUAUGACUACUCACCCAAUGAGGCACAAGCGUGUGGGCAAUCAAAGGGAGCGGGAGCUUACACUCAGCGUCACCCAAUGGCUAUUUAUUAUCCUGGACAGCAAGUCGUUUUGGUCCAUCCUAUGAAGAACCAUGGAGCAGACAUAGCAUGCGGAACUAUAUGGAUGCCUGACUCUGGAUCUUGGCUUUACAGGGGAGAAAUAAAUAACAACGGGCCAGAUCCAACACUGAGCAGAUUCAGAGAAAAACUCGUGUUUGAUCUUGGUCGUUCACCGAGCGGCUUAGACUUCGGCGGCGAUGCUUCAUUGAGUAGCGUUUACCCAAAACCGGGUUACGGAAACGCACCAAGAUUUUGCGACAAUACGGAUAAGGCAAUGGCGACGUACAGUUUUAAUGUACCAAGAAACUUAAGGCCAGGUGUAUACACUUUCUUAUGGAUAUGGGCGUUCAAUGGAAUGGGAAAUAUCUAUAGUUCAUGUUUCGAAGUAAACGUAGCAAGAAACAAGGCACACAGGAACUCGUUAUUAAGGGCAAACGGAAUUACUGACUACAGUGAGCCGUGCGGAGGGAUGACGUCGAACCCGCAAAUUGCUGGGAAUUCUAACCCGGGAUGUACACCGACUUUAGAAAGAACAUUUGCUGCUUUAAACACACAAACGCAACGAACUACGACGCCUUUGUACUACAGAUGGACAAAUAAUAAUGUAAAUAAUGUUAGAACGCAGCCCACUACAAUGUCAACAACAACAACAGUACGACCUACAACAACACGAAGAACAGUAAGGCCAUAUAGAUAUACAACAACAACAAGAGCUACAACAACAACAACACUGCCCAGCACAAGUAGCUCCCCGAGACCCGGAAUUUCAAGACUUCAUUUGAGCAUACAACUUCAUAUGAAGACUUCGCAAUUCGCUGGAGAGUUAUGGCUGCCAAUGAUAAGACCGAAUAUUCGGAAAAGAUAUUUCAGCGUCGAUUUCAGCUGCUCUGUGGAAAGAGCAAGUUUUUGGAAUUGUCGCAUUAUUUCUGGCCUCGAAGAAUCAGCUGCCACAAACCAUUACGACCUCCUGCAAGAAGGCGCUAGAGAGCUAAACCUGAACCGUAUUUAUUAUCACGUCUCUUUUGCUGAGCCUUGUGACUUAUCCCAACAUUCCCCUGUCGUACGACUAGUACAAGAAAUUGUGUUUAACUAGUUGAACAUUGUAUAUGCGUAUACAGUAACCAAUGAGUGACAAUGAGAAUGUACAUUUUUUGUAUUUAAACUCACUGUCUGCGAAACAGUGUAUAAAUAAUGAUAUGCGUUAACUUGUACAAUGAUGAAUAUUUUUAUUUUAUCCUCGCAUGGCCGCAAAACGACAGUCGUUAAACACGGGUGUUCUGUUUCAUACACCUCGUUCCAGCUUACGAGUUACCAUGUAACCUUUGUGGAGACACAUACGUCCACAAUGGUAGCAACGACGGGGCUUGAACCCAUUACCGCUGAGUUACAAACAGGCCCCGAAUCACGUUGCUACGUGGCCAAGUGCAUGAUGAUAUAUACUGCUUAUAAAUAAAUGAAAAAAUAAAUAAAUGCAUGAUAAUAAUAA